AUGGGCGAGCAACAGGCAAAGGGGAUUUCAGGGGGCGCGGGCACCCGUUGGCCCUCAUGUAGCGUGUUAGGCCUAGUACUUGUAGUUGUAAAGCCCACACAGGCCCUCCGCCGAGAAAAAUCGCGAUUUGAUUGCAACUUUUUAACCAGCUAA